AAAAACAACAUUAUUUUAUUGGGUUAGGCUGAAAGGCUGUAAAGUUGAGCAUCCCACUGCUACUGUUCUAGAUGACUGUUGGGAAUAUACAAGUAGACAAGGCAGUGGUUUUGGUUGGACAGUUGGAAAAACUUGCUGAUGAGAGUGGUUGGAGGUUGGCCCUUCCGUGGUGAUUAAGGUCUGUUCCUCCAUGGUUAUAGUUAGUUAGCUCGUAGAUUUAGCAAAAGCAGAGUGGGUAGCCACUUUGUCGAUGUGCACAAGAGUAACUAACUUGGCACUUUUGCUAACCUUGCCUGCUGGGUUCUUCUAGAUUUAGCGAACUAACGUUAACUAGCUCAAUCUAGUCAAGUAGCCAACAAACAUUCAACACUGAAACUAAAAAGUUGAUUUCCUUGCUCAAGUAUGGGGAUGUGCUUACCGUGCCUUGGUGGACCUGGAAACGACUUGUCCACCACACCAGAUCGAGAGACAAGGAGACGUGAGCUGGCAGAGGCCGCUGAGAAGAGGCAGAAAGAGACAACCUACAGGGGUGUCAAAAACCCCCAAGCAGUUGAGAGAAAUAAAAAGAAUAAGGAGAUGGAGAAACAAGAGAUGAGACCGUCUCCGCCUGGAGGAGAAGGAGGAGGAGGGCUGAAGGUUAGUCCUCAUAUUUUCAACACAGAUUAUGUCAUGUCACAGUCUGCCUGCAACUUCAAGAGUGGCAGGUAGGCUAAAGAUAGACAUGGAGAGAUCCUGGAAGUCUCAAUGUAGACUGAGGUUCAGCUAAUA